CUCCUUCGUUCAACCACACGCUACCUCCUUAGAUUUCUCUCCACCUUUUUCUUCUUCUUACCCUAAUCGGCAUUCUUUCCCAUACUUUCGUCUCAAUUCAUUAUUGCAUUUUCACAUCCUUCUCUUCUUCUAGUUUUUCAUUUUGGUUUGGUUUUGGUUGGAUUGUCGACGUUAUCAUGUCAACAAGUGGUGGCGGCAACCAAUUGAUAUCUGUUCAUCCCGAUGAGCUCAGGUUUAUAUUUGAGUUGGAAAAGCAGAGCUUUUGUGAUCUUAAAGUCGUGAACAACACAGAGAAUCAUGUUGCUUUUAAGGUAAAAACUACAUCACCUAAGAAGUACUUUGUAAGGCCAAAUUCUGGAGUUAUACAGCCUUGGGACUCUUGUAUUAUCAGAGUUACUUUGCAAGCACAGAAAGAAUGCCCUCCAGAUAUGCAAUGCAAAGAUAAAUUCUUGUUGCAAAGCACAACAGUGCCUCAGCAUACUGAUGUAGAUGACCUACCUGCAGAUAUAUUCACCAAAGAAAGCAAUGGGAAGGUGGAGGAGUGCAAGCUAAGAGUUCUAUACAUUCCUCCCUCGUCAGCUCAAGGGAAUGGAGAAGAAGAUGGUCUCACAAGCUGUAGGCAGAGCUUCGAUGGCAAUGUAGCUUUGCAAAGACUAAAAGACGAAAAGGAUGUUGUUGUAAGUAAGACACAACAGCUGCAACAAGAACUAGAUUUAUUGAAGCGUCGAAAAUAUCGAGAAAAAGGCCCAGGAUUCUCUAUCACAUUUGCAUUGGUCGCGGGGCUUAUCGGCAUCAUCCUUGGCGUAUUGAUCAAACUUUGGUUUUCUUCUCCAUCAGCCAUAGAAAAUACAGAAGUUUUGACAGAGAUUUUGACGCCACCGCCAAAAUUAUAAGAGGCAUAAGCCGAGAACAAGAAAAAAAAAUUACAGGGGGAGACCGAGAUUAGGAGGAAGAGCUAGCCACAAUGCGGCGUUCAAAAGUAACACCUCUGACAUCUUCUUGCAAGAGAGUGAUAACACCUGAUGGCGGGUCAGCUAGUUCAUGCAUACCGUAGGGAUAGACGAGACUGUGCUUCGAGAGCCAGUCCGCGACUCUAUUCCCUUCCCGGUAUGUAUGAGACAGGCUAACCAACCAAUCCUGACCAAUCUUUCUUCGGAUAAGACUCAAGAGGGUAGCAUACGGGUGUAAGUGAUCGUGCCUCUUCUGAAUUAACUGAAUUGCCAGCUGUGAAUCGGACUCCAGCUUCACCGCCCGGUAGCCAAGUUUCCAACUCAACUCCAAACCGUAC